AUGGUUCACACCCAACAGCCAACAUGCACCAAUGUGCGCAUUCGCUCGAUACAUGAUACCCACAAAAUUUUCUAUGCAGUCCAGAAGGGCAUUCUCAAGAUGGUUACCCGGCGCCUGGAUGCAGAUGAACGACUCGCGCUUCGUUCUGGAUGCGUCUACGCUUGGGAAGAGAGGGGACCUCACAGCGAGAUCACUGGUCUCGGUAUUGAGCGCUUCACAGAGGGGCGACGAUGGACGCCAUCACGAGUUCGCGACGAGUUUCUCUUCUAUUAUGAGCGAUACAUGCCCCCGCCCGACAUGAACGCGAAUGGCUCUGGGUCGGAGGGCAAACCCCCAAGAGACUGGGAACCCAUGGUUAAGCAGACCUAUUCCGUUUGGGUGGACACCGAAAACGGGCGGAGGAAGUGGCAUCUAACCGCCUACUUCACGCAAGGUACUAUUGACCAGUUAGGCACCGUUGACGAUAUCCCUGGCGUCAAGGACCUGGUCAUUCCUGAAGGCAUCUUCAAGAGCACACGAGUCGGCAAAAGUCGCACAAAACAUGACGAAUCCAGGUCGGAGUCUACGAAAUCGUCUACAGUGACACGAACCUAUGCGGCCUUCCCCUCACCAUACACGACAACAAAGCCACCAGGCGCAGAGAGCUCAAACUCUCAACCUGUCCUCAUGUACGAGCCAUACCAGACUAGUCAUUCGGGCUACUAUUACGGACAGACACAGCAGGCCUCCAGUAGCACGACCGAAACAGACACUCAAUCUCGAGGGUCCCACUCCCCUCACAACCGUUCCCCAGUCUCGUUAUCUCCUAGUAUUGCCUCCACCACACACUCUCAAGUUCCUAUAGACCGUGCCCAACCUUCGCAAGAGCAUGCACCAGUGCAGCCUUCGUACUCGGACGCUCCAGGCGCACCUGGACAUGAAGUACGUUCCCACCAACCGGAAUACCGUCCCCAUCCCCAUACACACUCUGUCGUCGGAGCCCUGCCUGACCAUGGGCAAAGGGAGAACAACUUCAAUCCAUCCACAUGGAACGUUGGAAGCUCUAUGGUUCAACAUCCCCCCUACCAGUAUCAAGCCACUUCUGUAAACACGCACGUCCAGUCGUCUCCUCAGUCAACCGUGGGAUAUGGCUAUCAUCCUAUGUCCCCUACCGAAAACCAGUUAUCUGGCCAGCAUCCGGCUUAUCAGCGUCUCCCUCCUCCGGACGGUUUGGCUCACCCAUCACCGAUGAUUAGCUACGACGAGCGCCAGGGAGGUCUGCCCUCGUUACACAUCGCACCUCAGGAGAUGACAUCCCACUACGAGCUUGUCGCCCCCGCGAACGUUGCCUCGUUACCCAAUCAGGUGUGUCGGGGAAGUGCUUCUCCCCGAGACAUUGAGCAGCGUGCUCUCGCUCCACUUCAUGCACUGAAUCGCCAACAACCGUAUCGGAGGGAUCUAAUCGACGACAAAGCCCUCCGAAUGCUGCAGAAUGGAGCAACACCAGCGUUCUAA